UCUUCCAGAGUGUGUUAAAACAGAAGAUAAGACUUUUUUCUUAUCAUGAAACUGUUAUCUGAAGGACAAUUCAGGUUUUGUGUUGUUCAACCAAUACAUCUCACAUCAUGGCUGCUUAUAUUUUUCAUUCUGAAGUCUAUCUCUUCUCUAAAACCUGCCCGACUUCCAAUUUAUCAAAGGAAACCUUUUAUAGCUGCAUGGAAUGCUCCAACAGAUCAGUGUUUGAUAAAAUAUAAUAUAAGACUAAAUCUGAAAAUGUUUCAGGUGAUUGGAAGCCCACUGGCCAAGGCUAGAGGGCAAAAUGUCACUAUAUUUUAUGUCAACAGAUUGGGCUACUAUCCAUGGUAUACAUCACAGGGGGUUCCUGUUAACGGGGGUCUCCCCCAGAACAUAAGUUUGCAAGUACACCUAGAAAAAGCUGACGAAGAUAUUAAUUACUACAUCCCUGCUGAAGAUUUCAGUGGACUUGCUGUCAUAGACUGGGAAUACUGGAGACCCCAGUGGGCCCGGAACUGGAACACAAAAGAUGUCUACAGACAGAAGUCAAGAAAGCUUAUUUCUGAUAUGCAAGAGAAUGUAUCAGCUACUGAUAUUGAAUAUUUAGCUAAAGCAACCUUUGAAGAAAGUGCAAAAGCUUUUAUGAAGGAAACCAUCGAAUUGGGAAUUAAGAGCCGACCCAAGGGCCUUUGGGGUUAUUAUUUAUAUCCUGAUUGCCACAAUUAUAAUGUUUAUGACCCAAACUAUACUGGGUCAUGCCCAGAAGAGGAAGUUUUGAGAAAUAAUGAGCUCUCUUGGCUCUGGAACAGCAGUGCUGCUUUAUAUCCUUCUAUUGGUGUCAGGAAAUCUCUUGGAGACAGCGAAAACAUUUUGCGCUUCUCGCAAUUUCGGGUGCAUGAAUCCAUGAGGAUCUCCACCAUGACAUCCCACGAUUAUGCUCUGCCUGUAUUUGUCUACACAAGACUAGGCUACAGAGACGAACCUUUAUUUUUUCUUUCUAAGCAAGAUCUAAUCAGUACCAUUGGAGAAAGCGCUGCCUUGGGAGCUGCAGGCUUUGUUAUUUGGGGAGACAUGAAUUUAACUUCAUCUGAGGGCAACUGUACAAAGGUGAAGCAGUUUGUGAGCUCUGUUUUAGGGCGCUACAUAGUCAACGUGACCCGAGCCGCCGAGGCGUGCAGCCUCCACCUGUGCAGGAACAACGGGAGAUGCCUGAGGAAGCACACCAGCCUCUGAAAUCACAUAGUUUAACUCGUCUGAAGAGCUGAGGCCUGAAGAGAAUAAAUCACUUGGCAAAGUCAAAGAGCCAGUUUGUGAAAGAGCCCAGUCUGGACUCUCAGUUGCCGUUUUCUUUCCACCAUAGCUCUGAUUGUAACAGGAUCCAAAUAUAUUCGUUCAGCUUUUGACCACGAAUUUGAUGGGUUUUUUUAUGAAGUUGGGCUACUGCUCCUGGUUCUGUUCAGUCAACCUGCAGAUAUUCCAGCUACAGAUUCUCUGAGGACUUGAUGUGGCGCGCUGCUCCCGGAUAGGACAUCUACCUCCUAAACUGCUUAAUGAGCGCAGCUUCUUACGAUCUUCCUGACUUUCUUUCAUGGAAACAGCAAGCACUCAGCCUCUCUAAUCUUCAGUGUUCUCUUUUAUGAAAAGGAGAUAAUAAUGGGGUCCUUUGUCCUUUUACACAGAUUUAAUGAUAUCAAGUAGGUAACAUACUUAGCAUAAGACCUGGCACGUAAAAAACCCCUAGCAAAUGUCAGCUGUCAUUAUCAAGUGCUUUCAAUAUUGGUCUCCAUAAAAGCUGUGGUAGGUAAUAUUAUCUCUGUUUUGAAGUAGAAGAAAUUAUGUAUGACUCGGAGUAGUAAAUUAUUUUACUCACUAUCACACAGAAGUACCUAGGCUUUGAAUCCUUUUCUCUUGAAACUUAAACUAAUUAUCUGUUGAUUAGAUCUCAGCAGAACAUACAGGAGACUUGUUUUGUACCAAAUUUCUUUUUACUAAUUUACAGAAAAGCGUAACCCACAAGUAUAGUGAUCCUGGUAUCAGGCAGUCAGUGCUUCUUUUCACCCCAUGGAAGAAAAACUGUUAACGGAUCUACUAACAAUGUACCUUUAACUCUCCUACUCUAAAUAUCUAAAUAUCAUUUACCCAUAAAAGAAACCGAGCCUCUUAGGAAAAUGUCUGAUUCCAGGUCUAAGACAGGAAAUGUACAAGAUGAGUCUGGAAUAUCUUACUAUACUAUAAAGCCAGGAUACUAUCGAGGAUCCCUAGGAUUGUAUCAAAAGUGCUCUCGCACCAACUUAAAGAGUCUCCCACUGCCAAAGAAGGGAAGAUUCGAGAAUCACUAAAGAAAUAACUGCAAUGGAUUGAAAUGCAUCAAAUAUAUUUAAAUCCAUGAGGUCAAAACUAUGCUAGAGAAAAACCUUUGUUAACCACCUUUGAAGAUGUUAAGGAAUUAACUCAUUACUCUGAAAACUGGUAAAUAAAGGGAAAGAAUCAACCAUGUGUUAUACGUUUCCUGUGUGAACUGUGCCUCAAGGUAACCAAGUAGUGGAGGAGGGGAAGUUUCUUCUCAUUCAAACCAAUGAAGGAAGAACGUAUGAUGGAACACGACCAUUUUGCAAUUCCCAAUGAAUAAAUGGGCCUAGGCCCUGAUCCUCAAGGGCCGCUAACAUCACAAAAAGAGAUAAAAUCAGAUAUUACGUACCACCUAAAUGAAGUAUGUAACACCAGUUUAAGAAUAAACCUUUCCAGAAAUUGAACUGAAAUCUGAUCAGGCCUAUACCAAUGCACAGGAAACAUAAAGAACAAAAGAAAAUGCAGAAUAACAUGUCAGGGAUAUAAUAGCCAAAAUCCAGAUCCUGGGGAACUCUAUGGGACAAAUAACCGGGUUUUGUCAACAAACAAUUUGCAAAAAAAAAAAAAAGAGGAGGGAGAAAAAAAUCCAUAUGUAUCUCAAUAUGAGGCUUGUUAAAUGAACUGUAGUACAUCUGUACAAUGGGAUAGCGUUCGGUUUUAAAAAAGAAUGAGGAAGUUCUCAUAUGCUGAUGUCAAAAGUUGUCUAAAAUACAGUUGUCUUGUUUAGACUUUAUUUUGACUUGUGUCCAAUCAGAUUGAGGGAAACUCAUGAUCUUAUACAUUGGAAAUUUAUUUCUAAUCACAAUUUAGAAAGACUUUCUGGAGAUGGCUAAAUUAAUCUAAAGUUUCUCAAGUGUCUGUUGGGUAUGGAAUUCUAAGGGGUACAAAUACAAAAGCUGUAAAUGAUUGACCAACCAAGCAAAAGGAAAUGACAAUCUCGUCAAGGAAAGGGAACCAGAAGAAGCCAUUACUAAGCCAUGUGCAUGAAAUAUAAAGUAAUAGUGCUAGCAAUUGUUUUAGAUGUUUACUUAUUCUAAACCUUGAGCAGUAGCUCUAUGUUAUUAUAAUUUAAAAUUAUAAAAUAAAAUUUAAUAAUGGGAAAAAUAAA